UCUUUGCCAGGACAGGCUGUGAUAAUGGAGAAAGCUGCACUGCUGUUGUUUUGUUGCCUGGUCAUGUCUUUAUCAGGCUCCCCGCUGUACCCAACCAUCAGGUUUGGUCAGAGUGACAUGUCCAUCCUGAUGACGUCCUCCAUAGAGAAUCCACCGGAGCAGCUGGAGGAAGACACACAUCCUCCCAGGGAGCGAGCAGAGUUGCGCUCAGGACGCCAUGCUGAUGCCAUCUUUACAAACAGUUACAGGAAGGUCCUGGGCCAAAUCUCUGCCAGGAAGUUUCUUCAGACAAUCAUGGGCAAACGGCUGGGAGAUGAAAGAGGGAGCUACAUGAAGCGUCUGUCAGAUAUCUAUGAAGGAACCUAUAAAGAGGAUCUUACAUCCAUCCAGAGCGAUCAGAGGUACAGGAAAGUGCACGGGAACGUCAUGAGUCCCAGGUGA